UGGGGGGCGGGGCCUCCGCCAACUAUGGCGGGCGAGCUUGAGGUGUCUAAGCCGCUGAGCGGGUUGCUGAGCGGCCUGGCUCAGGACGCUUUCCAUGGGCACCCGGGCAUCACGGAGGAGCUGCUGCGGAGUCAGCUGUAUCCGGAGGUGCCACCAGAGGAGUUCCGCCCCUUUAUGGCGAAGAUGAAGGGGAUUCUUAAGUCUAUUGCAUCUGCAGACAUGGAUUUCAACCAGCUGGAGGCAUUCUUGACUGCUCAAACCAAAAAGCAAGGCGGGAUCACAUCUGACCAAGCUGCUGUCAUUUCCAAAUUCUGGAAGAGCCAUAAGACAAAAAUCCGAGAGAGCCUCAUGAACCAGAGCCGCUGGGACAGUGGUCUUCGGGGCUUGAGCUGGAGAGUUGAUGGCAAAUCGCAGUCAAGACACUCAGCUCAAAUGCACACUCCUGUUGCCAUAAUGGAGCUGGAAAUAGGGAAAAGUGGACAGGAAUCUGAAUUUCUGUGUUUGGAGUUUGAUGAGGUCAAGGUCACCCAAGUCCUGAAGAAGCUCUCAGAGGUAGAAGAAAGUAUCAGCACACUGAUGCAGCCAGCCUAGCUGAAGAUGGAGCUGUUGAAGCAAAGGUGUUCAUGAUCCCUCCCCAGGGACCUGCUUUUUUUAAAAAAAAAUCUUAUUCCCCCAAUAGUAUUAAAUCCCCAAGUUCAAA